AUGAUAAAGUUAGAGGUUUCACAAAAGUCCGUUUUAGACAAAAUAAGAGAUCUCCCUGAUAGUAACGACCGUAGAAAAUUCCGGAUUGCAUAUCAGUACCUCACCAACUCAUCAGACUCCAGUUAUUCUCACUUUAUUCAAUUACGACAACAAAUUGUUGAAGGGGAAGGUCAGUUAAACUGCUUUGAUUUUUCAGCUACUGUUGGCAUUGAGUGCACCCUGUGGCCUAAUAUCUAUCCUUUCACCAAAUGGUGCGAGAGUACUAUAUCUGGCAAGCAAAUUAGACUAAGUCCAAAGAAAGCUUUUUCUACAAAGGUUUUUUCUGAAAUCACAGACUAUGCUUUGCACUACGAACUUCUUCAAUGGCAAUAUGACAGAGCCCUUUUUAAAGUUGUUAGUGGUGCAAUUAAUACGGCCUGUUUUAGCAAUUGCUCGCCAGCAAGAGCUCUUGACACAAAACCUUUUUCAAAAACAUACUGGCAAUGGCAGCACAGAUACCUACUCGAUGCAGUAGAACAGUUUGGCCUUCCAGAUGCGUUCAUAACAAUAAGCCCUUACGAGUGGUCUUUCCCUUUUGCAAAGUGGGUGUAUUGUGCAAGGCAAUCUACUGGAAUGGGCCCAACACAGCUUGCAGCUUAUGAGACAUUUAACAUUACACACACAUUAGAGCAAGUAGUUCGAGGAUAUUUGUGUGGCAGCACUAGCCAGAAGUGGAGCCAACAUGUAUUCAAUUACAACAAAAUUGCCACAGAAAAGAAUGUGAAGACAUUCUUUUACUGCUUUGAGUUCCAAGAGAGAGGAACAGUUCACUUACAUAUGCUUGUCUGGCUUAAAAACAUUACUAAGGCAGAUCACCAACUUUUACGUGCGGAUAUUCCACAUUCACAUCCUGAAUUAGCUUUCUUAGUGCAGAAACUCCAACCAUCAGAUAAAAAAUCUCACUGUUUAAAUCUUCAAUACGAAGGAAUCAUUCUUUCGUUUUGA